AAACCAAAAAUAAAUAUAAAAACGAAAAUAAAAUUAAAAUGAGAACAGCAGUGAAGCAAUAAGAAAAAAAUCUCAAAAACUGUCUCAGUGAACUGAGAGAUAUUAAGAAUUAUAAUAAUACAAUAUGUACUCGUACCAAUAAUAAGACUAAAAACAAAAAUAAUGCAAUAAUAUUGAUGGAAUUAUUAACAGAAAUAAAAAUAUUAAAACACAAACCAAAAAACAACAAUAACAAAUGUACUUUAGUUCGUAUAUAUAUAUGCUCAAAUAUACUAGUAUUUUAUGUGUAUUUGUAUGUACGUAAAUAAACAAAAGCAACAAAAAAACUACUAAAGUGUAAAAUUUACUUGAAUGUGGCGUUGAAAAAUGUGUAGUUUGCAUUGUAUUCAUGUAAAUGUAUAAGCCCAAUUAUAUAAUUAAGUUUUAUCUAUACAUAUAACAACAAUGUGAAAACUAAUACAAAUUUUGUACGUGGCCAAAAAUAUUUAUACAAACUAUUAUAUCGGCGCAAUAAACUUUCUACGGAAUUAGCUGACAAAAUUAAUUUAAAGCGUAUAUGUGCAACGAAACCAAUACUUUUCCAUUGUUUGUUUCAACUACAUGCAAGUCAACCAAACACGCGUAGUUUCCUAAGUCAAUUUUUGUUAUAUCAGUUCUUACAAAAGUGUAUGUAUGUAUUGUUGUAACAUGUCAGUAUUUUAACAAAUUUCGCAAAUGUAUUAUCAAAAUCAAAAAAAUUCGAAUUCAAACUCAAAUAACAAUAAACGCGUUGAACGAAUAGCCAGAUGUCAUAUAAUAUUUCAAAAAUUAAAAGGUAUGAAAACAGAAGCUUUGUUGUCAAACCAAUGUGACCAGACAUUCGUUUCACGCAUUGGUGGCCCACAAAAUGGCACAUUCUCCGCUCCGCUGCUGCACAAUCACAAAAAUCAUUCGCGUCAAUGCUUGUACACCUUCCUAGCAGGACCCGGACAACGUGUCGAAGUACUAUUUACAUCAUUUAAUUUAAGAGGAAGUCCACCAGACGGCUCCGCCGUCGGUGAAUUGCCAGCUUGUGUUCACGAGUACAUGGAUAUAUAUUCCGAAGUGCAAUCAUCAGAUCCAGCUGAACUAAUAAAUUCACCGUUUGGUGGACGCUAUUGCGGUACAAUACCGCCACGACGACGUAUCUCCAUGUACCGAGCUAUAGCCAUCUCAUUUUAUACCAAUAAAAAUGUAUCAACACCCGAUUUAUUCGAGGGAACUUAUAGAUUUAUAAAUGCAUCUGAAUAUGAAAUUGGUAUACCAAUAGCGGGUUCACCAUGUUCCUAUACCAUCACGCCUAGCAUGAGUAUCAAUAAAACUGGGGCACUGAUAUCACCAACCUAUCCGGGUGCCUAUCCAAAAGAUAUGUCUUGCACAUAUCAAUUCCUCGGCGAGUCGAAUCAAAGAGUUAGAUUAGAAUUUCGUGAUUUUGAUCUAUUUUUUGGUGGACCACACUGCCCAUUUGACUAUGUCAAAGUGUAUGAUGGUCCUGACAAUUCGUCAGCAUUGAUUGGUACCUAUUGCGGACAACAAAGGAAUUUAGUUUUAUACUCAAGCGAAUCAAGCCUUUUUGUUCAUUUUUAUACAUUGCCGAGAACAGCAAAUACGCAAAAUCGUGGCUUUAAAGGAAUUUAUGAAUUUAGCGAAAGUUUUGUUAAAUUAGAUUUUAUACGUGAAAAUGAUGGCAUUCACAUACGUGGCUCGGAAUGUGAUCAAAAGAUAUUAUCGAGAAAGGAGUCAACGGGUUAUGUGCUCUCACCUAAUUAUCCCUAUCCAUAUAUACCGAAAACUGUUUGUAGGUACUUCAUUUAUGGCAUGCAAGAUGCUCAGCAUCUGGAACGUGUACGUCUAGAAUUCUCAGCUUUCAAUAUACCCAAGGUAGAGCAUAAGGAUAGAAGCGAAUCCAAUUGCACAGAUGGUUAUCUUAAGAUCUACUUGAAAGGACAAGAAACUGCCGAUGCCUAUGACAAAUUCGAUUACGAACUAUGUGGCAAUGAAACACAACGAGUUCUCAGUGAUGGGCCACGUUUGGCAAUGGUUUUCAGCUCGGGUGAGCUGCAGGGUCGUGGUUUCAAGGGUAAAUAUAUAUUUGAAACCGAAUACAAAAUACCUGGGACAGCAGCACCCGAUGGCACAUGUAGCUUCACAUAUGUGAGCAGUUCAAAGAAACGCGGCGAAUUGAACAGUCCUCGCUAUCCAUCCAACUAUCCAUCGGACACGAAUUGUUCGUAUCUGUUUCUAGGCGAACCCAAUGAGCAAGUCACGAUUGUCUUCGAUCAUUUUAAAAUUAAAGCGGAUGGUAACUCAAAUGCAACGGCCGGAGCUUAUGGUUCUAGCGCAUGCUUUGAAGACUGGCUGGAAAUGUAUGUUGUUUAUCGUGAUAACAACGACCGUUUUCUUGGUCGCUACUGUGGUCUGACAGCUCCCGGCCCCGUUGAGAGCCCAAGGGGUGCAGUGGGACUGCGGAUCACAUUGCAUACGGAUCAAGAGAAUGUGGCUAGCGGUUUCAAAGCACGCUACUUCUUCGAAACACCUCGUUCCGAUGUGGCCGAGUGUGGUGGUAAUUUUUCCAAUCAAGAUUCAGGUAUUAUCACCUCACCUAAUUACCCAGCCGGUUAUAAGGCACCCAGUCGUGGUAUGGCAUCGACAGCAUGCAAUUGGAUAAUGACAGCGCGCCCGGGUUAUAAGCUAUCAAUAAACUUUGAGCAAUUCUCAAUCGAAGGCGAUCCAGCAAAUCGUGGCUGUCCUGCUGCUGUGUUGCGUCUUUGGGUAAACGUCGAUUCGGAUCAACCGCCAUUGGAAUUGUGUGGUGAAAAGCCACUAAUCGAACAGUGGUAUUACAUUUCCACUGGACAAACUGUUCGUAUCAGUUUCACAACCAGCGACAAAACCGUUGGUGCACCGGGCUUCCGCAUUGUAUGGACUGAAAUACAAGACUCAGGUCCUGGACCGCCGUCCAUUGGACUACUCUGCGAAUCAACAUACCACUUUCAGUGCGAGGUGGGCUACUGCAUUUCCGAUAAACUACGCUGCGAUGGUGUCAAAAACUGUGGUCCCGGAGAUGAUAGUGACGAAUUGCACUGUACCACACAAGCUCCCGAGGAGGAUCACGGCGUUCUAAUUAUAAUAACACUAAUCGUCGUCUCGUUCCUAAUCUGUCUCCUAUGCACACUCUGUCACUCCAGAAGAAAACGUAGAGCAAAUGUGCGCCAACUAGGUUUGCACCGCAAUGCCCACUACGAUUCCCAAACCAGCGCAACUGGCUUAAGUUCAAGUCGUCGACAUUUACAAGGUGGCGCCAGCAUAUCAGGCAGCCUACAUGGCAUCAAUAGCGGUUCCUUGAUGAUACCACCAGCGCCGUUGCCACCCACAAGUGUACCACCACCGCCACACAUCUGCAUCGCAGGCGUCGACGGCAUCAGUUCAGGUAUACUAAUAAACGAUGAUGACGGUCUGGACGAUGAGGAUGAACUCGAUCUCGACAAUGUGCAACACGAGAUAUUUAUCAACGACGUACGAUUCGACGAUGAUGAGAAUCAUCUAGAACAAAUGCAUCAUUUGGAAACUGUUUAACAAUUGGUGAAAGGAAUAAGGGGUACGAAAUACGUUAUCCAAUUGUUAAAAAAAUAUGCGGCAUUUUAUAAAAAUUUACAAACAUAGGAACAGAUUUAAUAAAAUAAAUAAAAUAUUAAUUAAUAAAAAUAAAAAUAGCGAAAUUAUGUAAUAGUAAUAAAGCUGUACGAAUAGUUAAGUCAGGUUUUUAAAAGCAAAACAAAACAGGAUAAAAGAGAAUUAACAAAAGAAAUUAAAGCAAAAUUCCUAAAGUAAAGUAUGCGAUGUUGCAAGAAACAAAACAAUUGACUAAAGAAAAGGAAAGUUUCGACAGACGCAAGUGAAUUCAAAAAUCGCAAACGAUUCAAGUGAGGAGCUGAAGCAAUUUUUAAGGAGACAGAAAAACGGAAUGAAUGCAAGCAUAUAUUUACAUAUGUAUGUGUUAUUCAGAUAAAAUAAUGAGUUUGCCCUUUUUCUUUUCUACAAUGAAAUGUGCUUGAGUGUACGCCGACAGACCACUUGAGCAGGAGUACCAUUGAUUUAUGUAUUUUUUUACCCUUAUAAUGCAAGAAUACUAAUACGCGCUAUUUGGAAGAUCAUUUUGAACACUUUAUUGUAAGAUAAUUUCCAUAUAUUUCCCAUUUAAAAGUUAACAGUGUCGAUAAUGAUAAGAAACGAGUAAAUAUCUCGAAAAGGCUAAUUUUUGUAAAGCAGCGUAAAAGUAGCAAAUUAUAAGCGAAAGAAAAAUGAAAAUAAACUGCAGGCGAGAAAAUGAAAGGGAAUGGAAUGGAUUAAAUAAAUGUAAUUUGCAAAAUAAUAAAACCAACAGCUCAUUAUGAGUAGCAAAAAACUUAUACAAUAUAAUAAAAUGUAUAAAAUUAAAAAAAAAAAAAAAA